CGUAUCCGGAUCUUGGCAAAGGGGUCUAUAUUCUGAGUCUCUUGCCUUGAGGAAAACAAUACCAGCAGACUACAAGGCGAGCAAACACACAGAGAGACACCCCCUUUAGCUCAACGCUAUGGCGCCGGCGAGCGACUCGGAGCACUGGAAGGCACACUGGAAGUGCUUCGUGGCCUGCGGUAUCAUUGUGCUCUCCCCCUUCCAGUAUGGCGUCGACUUUGGUCUGAUCGGCGGCUUACAAGCCAUGACCGGCUUCCUCAAGAUCUACGGCUACGAAGCACCCAACACACCAACAGGCUGGAACAUCGACACAGUACGACAACAGCUCAUCUCAUCACUCAUGACGCUGGGCGCCUUCCUCAGCUCAGGCACGGCCGGCAUCAUCGCCACCAAAGUCAGUCGCAGGCAGUGUCUGUGGAUGGCCUGUGUCAUGUGUGUCAUCGCCAAUGUGCUGAUGAUGGCCACCGAGGAUAUCGGCGCCCUCUACGCCGGCCGGUUCCUCAUUGGUCUGGCAAAUGGCUAUUUCAUGACCUUUUCACAGCUGUAUAUCCAGGAGAGUAGUCCGGCUAGGUAUCGCGGGUGGUUUUUGACUAUUUUUCAGUUUUUUACCUCGUUUGGCACCCUGAUCGGCACCAUCAUCGACUGGGCGACGGCCAAGCGCCCAGACAAAUCCGCCUAUCUCAUCCCGCUGGGCAUGAUCUACAUUGUGCCCGUCAUCAUGGCCGUCGCCAUGUUCUUCAUCCCCGAGUCCCCCCGCUGGCUGAUCCUGCGCGGUAAACAUGAGGAGGGCGUCAAGGCUCUGCGCUGGUUGAGGCCCGUCGGUGCCGCGGUCGAGGACGAGGCCGCCGAGAUCCGCGCUGCUAUUGAAAGGGAGAAGGAGCUUGGUAGUCAAGUCCAAGUCUUGGACAUGUUCAGGAACCCUGUUGAUAGGCGGAGGACUAUCCUGUCUAUCUGCUCUGUCACCCUGCAGGCGGCGUCGGGGUCGAUGUUUAUCAUCGCGUACAAAGCCUACUUCCUGACCAUGGCCAAAGUCUCGGACCCCUUCGCCAUGAGCAACAUCCUCAGCACCAUGGGCAUCCUGGCCAUCCUGUUCAACUCGCUCAUCGUCGUCCGCUUCGGCCAGCGCCGCCGGAUCAUGAUGAUCGGCCUCGGCCUGUGCGGCAUCCUGCAGCUCAUCAUUGCCGUCGUCUACGACAAGAACCCGGGGACCACGGCCACGGGCACCGUGACUGUUGCCUUGUCGUGUCUGUACAUGAUGAGCUACAAUGGCAUGAUCGCGACAUACGCCUGGCUCGCGGGCGGCGAGAUCCCGUCACAGCGCCUGCGCAGCUAUACCUUUGGGCUGGCCGCCGCCGUGGGCUUCUUUGGUGCCUGGCUGACCACGUUUACCGCGCCGUAUUUCAUCAAUCCGCAGUCGCUCAACUGGGGGCCGCGGUACGGGUACAUCUGGUUCCCGUCGUGCUGUGUCGCCCUGCUGUGGAUCUUCUUCUUCCUUCCCGAGACUAAGGGGCGCACUCUGGAGGAGAUUGAUGAGAUGUUUGAGGCUAGGCUGCCGGCAAGAAAGUUCAAGGGAUAUGUCUGUGUCGGACAUGUUGCCACGCAGAAGGCCGUGGGUGAGGAAGUGAGGCCGGUGUCGUCGGAGAAUGAAAAGACAAGUGAGGUUGAGCACGCCGAAGUGAAGGUCUAGAUUCUGCCGUCAGGAGUGGAAUGUGGUGGUUACAGCACAAAGGGUGGUGGCAAAGUAGGGACUACACGGCGCAAACUACUCUUCCUGAGUGCCGGAAUUCACUUGUGAUCUAAAUUCGGGCUGCUUUGGGCGUCUGGGCAGGGCCGGGGACCGGCUUGAGCUUGGGAACGUUGCUUAUAGACCAACUUGAUUUCUUGAGCCCCUGAGCGUCUCGGCUCCUGAGUGCUACACCUUCAUGAUGAAUACCUAGCUUACACUGCAGAGUGUUUCUCUUGGUCCCCGUCCAUCAUACAUAUGUACCUUACCCUACGCGGUUUCCCAUUUGGGGCAGUGGACGGUGUGUGUUGAGAGCUUGGGGGCGGUGACGUAAAGA